AUGUUUCGCCCGGAUCGCAUCAUCGCACCAUCCCCUCGGUAGGGCACAUGAACACAUGCCACGAAUAAUCAGGGCAGCAACGUGUACAUAAAACACCGAGAACCAUUUUAUAAAAGUCUGCUCUACCACGUCGUUUUAUGCUCCUGUUUACCGCUUCUGUUAUAUCAUGCGCUAAUAAUCGCAAAAAGGAUAAUAAUCCUUGCGGCUAGGAAAAACGCUUCCAUCCAUCGUUCCGCGCCGUGGCAUGAAAGAGCAAAAGCGUUGAAAUCGAUGGCUCUGCUCAGGGAGAGAAACAACAUGGAGAACGCGAAAGAGUCCAACGCAUCAUCAUUGGCCUACACUAUGGUUGUCCUACUUCUCCUUCCGAUGCAUGCAACAGAGUUGGCCGAACACAGGCGAACUCAGUGUUGUCUCGUUCAACUGCCAGUCUCACUUCCACUCAUUCGUUCCUCCUGUUGCUAGGGUACAAAGAUGGAUAGGUAACACCGCCUUUGUUUGUACUGGGCGACGCCCAUCCCGCACUGCAGAAGGGUCAGUAUUUAACAUGAGGUAAUGCCGCACUACUCAACCAGUUUGAGACUAGUUUUCGUGAGCGGUAGUUAUAUUGCCCGUGGUUUCGGUAGACGAUAAAUCUCAACCGUCGUUUAGUGUGUUUCCGCAGCGCAGCGGAGGAGAAAGGUGCUAGUGAUCGGAUGAUUAACGAACAAAUUAGCCUGAAACGGUGUGAUUGAACGAAUAGUGCUGUGACAAAUAUUACCACCAAAUAAGUUCAGUGAGUGAAUAGUUAACAAACCCCAAUGAAAAUGCAAGGAUUUCGGAAUUACACAAUGGAUGCACUGCAGCAUCGGGAUCAGCCGAUUUCUGUGGAUUUACUUAGCCCGCACCAAUACAAUGCAAAAUCAUCCCCGCCGCUAUCACCGCUCAGUGACUGCACCAGUCCACAAUCGGAACACAGCCAACAGCAGGCACCAAUGGAUCCAUCUGUCCGUCGGUAUCGAACGGCCUUCACUCGUGACCAAUUGGCACGGUUGGAGAAAGAAUUCUACAAAGAGAAUUACGUUUCCCGGCCACGCCGAUGCGAACUUGCCGCCCAGCUUAACCUCCCGGAGUCAACAAUUAAGGUUUGGUUCCAAAAUCGAAGAAUGAAGGACAAACGCCAACGGAUCGCCGUCGCUUGGCCGUACGCUGCGGUUUACUCUGACCCUGCCUUCGCAGCGUCGAUACUACAAGCUGCAGCCAAUUCAGUAGGAAUGCCUUACGGAUAUCCACCGGCACCAAUGCUACCCCAAAUGCCGGUGAUGCCUCCGCAGAUUCCAGCUGCUUCCAAUCAUUUUUCCUAUGGAUAUCGCUAUGCCCCAUAUCCCAUCCCACAAAGAACUGCGCCUCUGCAGACUGCUCCAUACCCAAAUGCCGCCGCAGCCAUGCUAAGUUCGAUGCCACAAGGAUACACUCCUUUGUCUAUUCCAAAGCCUCACACUCCACCACAUGACCUGCAAAGCCCGUCGUCACCGCAUUCGGCUGUAUCACUCAGUCCAGGAUCGGACAAAUCGAAGUUGGACCUCUCUUCAUCCACCUCGAACAGCACAAACAGCCCGCUGAAAUCACUCAAUGCUUCCGCACAAGGCUUGCUCAUGACAGCACCGACGAUACCGAGUCAAACCAUCUUAACGCCCUCCCCAGAAAAACCGAAGCUCUUUAAACCUUACAAAUCGGAAGCGUAAUCAAAGCUGUUAACUUUUACAACUCUUUGUUCCAACGCCACUUCUAUCAACUAGUUCAUGAUUAUUUGACUUGCGCAGUACCUUGUUAGAUUUCCCUGUGAGAGUGGUGGGUUGGAAGCCAUUUUUAUUUAUUAUAUUAGAGUAGCAUCCUCCCUAGGCUGGCACCUAUCUACUUUUUGCAGGUUUUUAAGGCGUUUAUCGAUCAAUGCAUAGACAGAACUGAUAAUAGUAAUAGUAACCGCGGAUGUGUUUGUAUCAAACACAUUCUAGUGAUCGUAAAUAUUUAGGGGAAUUAUCAAAUCAAACAGAUUUUUAGUCAAAUUAGUCUUCGCAAAGUUUUAAUCAACAUUUGUAUAUAUUGAAAAUGUUAGUGUAAAUAGCAUGUGAAUAAUAAGUUUUCAACGAAAAUAUAAAUACGAAUUGAAAAUAAAACAUCGCUCAUCUUUUAAAUUUC